AUUUUCCCUCCAUCCGGGUAUUUGGAGGUAUCCAGUGUGGAGACUGGUAAAGGAGGGCAGCGGCAGGCUGAUGACAGCUGUCAGAGUGGGCAAAAACACUUCCAAAUUCAGAAAGGAGGACUAAUGUAGGACCCUUAAACCGCCGAGUGGGGAGGAUAAUACCUUUGCUGUGUCGCACGUUGGUUUUUUUGACACCAAGAAGUCUAAUUCACACAUCAAGCUUGCACAUUACUGGAGAAGCAAGUACAGUUGGUGGGAAAACAUGGGCACACAAGGCACUGGUAGGAAGCGUGCCCCACUGAAAGAUCGCUUCUCUGCAGAAGAUGAGGCCUUGAGCAGUAUUGCACGAGAGGCGGAAGCCAGACUUGCAGCGAAGAGAGCGGCACGGGCAGAGGCCAGGGAUAUUCGGAUGAGGGAACUUGAACGUCAGCAGAAAGAGGUUUUUUUCCUGGCACUUCCUCCCUCUGUCCAGCUUUCUUACCGCUCAUCAAGCAGCAGCAGCAGCAGCAAAAAAUGGGGUCAGAUCCACCAGUGGAUGGUAGGCGAGUGGGAGUGCUGCAAACCACUAACAUCCUGUUGUGUGGGGAUUGAGCUGGAGUCUUACUUUCGACCCUUACUACUAGGGGCUGACUCAGAAAAAGCUAGAGCAACUACUAGUAGUAGUAGUAGUAGAUCAAGCGGCUAUCAUCGGGGCCUGGAUGAUGAUGUCAUGUCUGUCCGCAGUUACAGAUCAACCUCAUCAGCGAUCCGUGACUUGGGCUCUAACAAGAGUCGAUCCAGUUCUCGUAGAAAAGACCUCUUGUCUGAUGGGUUGAAGAAUAGCUCCACUCUCAAGAGCUCACGUUCCACUAGUUCUGUAUACAAUGAUCUACAUGGCCAUAAAAGGUCUUCAUCUAGCUCCUCCAGGAAGGAUUUGCUGACUGGACUGUACCACGAUCAAAGGAAAUAUACCAGCCUUACGAAGACCAAACAUCUCCCUCCUACGGCGUCUUCCUACCUGCCACGGGCCACCACUUCCUCCUCCUCUCCCACCACUGGCACAGGGCUGCCACGUAGCUAUAGCAUGGCCUCUAUUUAUGACGAAACCCCUCUUUACGGCUCAAGCCUGGGUUCGAGAGCACCCUCUGAAUAUAGCUGGUACUCCUCUGGAGCCAGUUCCACUCGCAGCAGCCCUGUGUGCUCCUCAGAUGAUGACACUGUGAGCAGCGUGUCCCAAGAACGCUUCAACAGAGGCCGCAGGAACAGUGCGUCGUCUGACUUCUCUGACAUAAGCGAGUCGGCGGCUGAUUAUUUCAGCCGCUCCAACAGAAGGGGCAGUAUUGUGUCUGAUCUGGAUGAUUUGAGCAUUCCAGAUCUAGAUGCCCUGGAUGAAAAAUGCGAUAAACAGUAUUCGGAUUACAGUCGGCCUUCUUCCCGAUGCGCUACCCCUGGCUUGUCAGCUUCAACUUUGGCAUCACUGGGUGGAACUUCAUCCCGACGGGGAAGCGCAGAUGCCGGCAGCAUAUACGAGCCAGACGCUAACCUGAGCGAACUUAGGGAUAUCUAUGAACUAAAGGACCAGAUUCAGGAUGUAGAAGGGCGAUACAUGCAAGGGCUUAAAGAGCUGAAGGACUCACUCACCGAGGUGGAGGAGAAGUAUAAGAAAGCAAUGGUAUCGAAUGCGCAACUGGACAACGACAAAGGCAACCUCAUCUACCAAGUAGAUACGUUAAAAGAUGUCGUAGAAGAGAUGGAGGAGCAAAUGUCGGAGAUGAAGCGGGAACUAGAAGAAAAAUCAAAGGAGCUAGAAAGACAAAAGCACACAUGUACUGUCCUGCAGCAUAAGCAAGAAGAACUGAAAGAGGGAAUCCGUCAGAGAGAUGAACUUAUUGAGGCCCUAGAGAGGCAGAAAGAGUACUUUGAUUGCAUUAGGAAUGAGAGAGAUGAGCUCAGACAUGAGCUUGCCGACCUCAAGGGAAAGGCCAAAUCGGGAGAGACACACGGGCUAGUCAUCAUCCCAGACGGCACACCAAACGGAGAUAUCAACCACGAGCCAGUGUCAUCCGGGAUCACGGUGGUCUCGCAAGAAGCCGCCCAGGUCCUGGAAUCUGUGGGAGACGGUCCGCUGGAUGUCAGGCUACUCAAGUUAGCUGACGAGAAGGACGAGCUUUUGGCUCAGAUCAGGAAGUUGAAGAAUCAGCUAGAGGAAGAGCGACAGAAACACUCAAAAAUGGAUAGUGUGUACGCUGACGGCGAGAUGAUGGAGAACGGUACCGAUUUACACUUUAUCGAGAUGCAAAGAGAUGCUAACAGACAGAUUAGCGAAUACAAAUUCAAGCUUUCCAAGGCAGAGCAGGAAAUGGGUACAAUGGAACAAAACAUUAAUAGACUUGAAGGACAAGUAGCCAGGUACAAGACGUCAGCAGACAACUCUGAGAAAAUAGAAGAUGAGCUUAAGGCGGAGAAGCGCAAACUUCAGAGAGAGUUGCGCACAGCUCUGGACAAGAUCGAAGAGAUGGAGAUGACCAACAACCACCUCGUAAAGCGGCUGGAAAAGAUGAAGGCCAACAGGAACGCUCUCCUCUCCCAGUAGUGAGGUGAAGGCAGUCGGGAUUACCACAAAAGCCCUUAAAGUCGUACCGCCGACAGCCACGUAGCGCCUGGAGCACACUUAACCCUCAAAUUCCAUUGUAUCUGUGUCCGCUCAACGUUGCUCCCAUCCGACCGACGUGUAACCCAUUGCCAUUUGAAUUCAUUAAUAUGAGGUGGUCCACAUCCUCCAGUCCAGGUCUAUUUUCUGCUCCGGCAAACUUGGCCAGAUCACGUCCAGCAGUUUAAACUGUACCAAACUGGAAAUAGAACAGCAGCAAUAUACAGUUCGGGUUCAGCCUAAUAUCCGAGAAUGAUUUCCUGACCCAUGUAUCUGAGCGAAUACGGACUAUAUGGAAUUUGGGGGUAAAACGUCUAUCUCCUACAAAAACUGAGCAAACCAAAAGUUUGGUUUGGUUGGUCCCAGCCGGCAGUCGCCACGACUCAAACGUAAUCAAAUAUAACAUCUAUGGGAGAGUUAUGUGAGGAUUUUCUGUCCUGCAAUCUUUUAUCCACAUGAUUUGAGCUCAUUCUGGCUGUUUGUUUUUGUUGCAUGAAUGAGUAUCAUGAUGCUUUUAUAGGACUGUCACAGCUGCUCUGGCCCUGCACCUUCCCUCACACAAGUCAAGUGCCUUCUCCAUCAAACAAUAAUGAUUUUAACUGGUGGUACAAUAUGUAUUUAAACAGGUGCAGAUGGAAAAUAUAGCCAGCCAACUGCUGCAGUUUCCUUCACUUUUUUUGUCAAAUAUUUAAGAAUUCUUGAAAAUAAAUGUGUAAUUUACAGAAUUGUGCAUAAUAUGCAUCUGCUUUCUUGGGUUUAUUCCCGUUGGGUAGGUCUUUUUCUUAAGUGUUGUAGUAAAUCUAUCCAGGUUUUUUUCCCCCCUCCUCUUCGAUGGAAAGAAUGACCGCAUUUUUGGCAUGACAACCCAGGACUGAAUGCGCAAGUUCUAUCUGCUCUGCUUGCAAGGUGGGGAAUGUGGUAAAAAGUGACGUGAUGUAUUUUUAGUAGGGCUGUCAAACUAUUACAAUUUUUAAUCGAGUUAAUUAAUCGCAAUUCAAACCAUCUCUAAAAUAUGCCAUAUUUUUCUGUCAAUUAUUGUUGGAAUGGAAAGAUUGGACACAAGACGGAUAUAUACAUUCAACAUACGGUACAUAAGUACUGUAUUUAUUUAUUGUGACAAUAAAUCAACAAGACGGCAUUAACAUUAUUAACAUUCUAUUAAAGCCAUCCAUGGGUAGAAAGACUUGUAGCCCUUAAAAGAUAAAUGUUAGUACAAGUUAUAGAAAUUUUAUAUUAAAACUAGGGCUGUCAAACGAUUACAAUUUUUAAUUGAGUUAAUUACAGCUUAAAAAUUAAUCGCAAUUCAAACCAUCUGUAAAAUAUGCCAUAUUUUUCCGUCAAUUAUUGUUGAAAUGGAAAGAUAAGACACAAGAUGGAUAUAUACAUUCAACAUGCGGUACAUAAGGACUAUUUGUUUAUUAUAACAAUAAAUCAACAAGAUGGCAUUAACAUUAUUAACAUUCUGUUAAAGCGAUCCAUUGAUAGACUUGUUCUUAAAAAAUAAAUGUUAGUACAAGUUAUAGAAAUUUUAUAUUAAAACCCCUCUUAAUGUUUUCGUUGGAAUAAAAUGUGUAAAAUUUUCAAUCCAAAAAUAAACUAGUGCCCCGCCAUUGUUGAUGUCAAUAAUUACUUACACAACGCUCAUGGGUGCUGAAGCCUUUAAAAUCAGUCGCACCCAAGCACCAGCAGAGGGCAGCAAAACUCCAUAAAACACAACAAUUAAUUAAUGACUGUACUCUCAUUUAAAUCUGUCUGAGCGGGGCGUUUGCGUUAAUUGCGCCAAAUAUUUUAACGUGAUGAAUUUAAAAAAUUAAUUACCGCCAGUUAACGCGAUCAUUUUGACAGCCCUAAUUAAAACCCCUGUUAAUGUUAACGUUUUAGUAAAAUUUUCAAUCAAAAAAUAAACUAGUAGCCCGCCAUUGUUGAUGUCAAUAAUCACACGAUCAACGCGAUCAUUUUGACAGCCCUAAUUUUUAGGGGUCAUUGGGUUCAUUGAUUUAAUUUACGGGUGUCACAAUAUGGACUAGGGCUGAACGAUAUUGGAAAAAACUCACAUUGCCAUUUUUUGUGGGUUUGCGAUAUUAAAUGAGACAAAUUUUCACCAGACUUGAAUAGGUCUGUUUUGGAAGACUUUGGUUGACUCACUAUGACCACAUUGUAUUCAUUAGAGUCUCCCGAUCCGAACACUUGUUCGAAAAGUCGGCCGAUCGCCAAUUUUCAAUAUUUAAUGGAAAAUAUACUGUAUAUGGCGGAAAACACUCAGGUGAGUGCUCCGCUCUGAGAGCCCCAAUUUGGCCAAAUUUCAAAAUUGUCCUAUAUGCAUGAUACAUCAUUGGAAAGCUUAAAAUCUGUUUUCUGGGGGAAGAAAAAUUGUAAACAGGUGGGCAUUUUUAAAAAAUGAUAACAUUUUAAACAGAGAAACCCGAGCUGGAGGUGAGAGCAUGAGAGAGCGUGUAUUUAAUACACAUCGCGUCCUUACCUAUUUUCAAUCCAAAAACUUCAUGUAGUAUAUAUAAUUGAUUGUCAAGACACAGCUGUGAGUGGCCACAGCCGGAAUUUGGGGGGACUUUACGGGUGAAACACUGUAACAUAACAAGGGUCGCAAUGCAGAAAUCGCAGACAUUAAGGAGUGGUCGAGAUUUUUUUUCAUAUAUUUAUCUUUAAAAAAAAAAAAAUUCCCCAACUUUCUUUGUUUGGAUCGAUUAUCAUCUAAAAUAUCAGGGAAAAUGCGACAGUAACAAACUACAAUUAAGCAAUAGUUAUGAAGUUGAUGCCCGUGACUUAUUUACACUAUUUUUUUUCAUUGUGAUGUAAUUUGUUAGUUUUUAAAAAAUUAUUCAUUUUUUAAAGUUAUUUUAAAGUUUUUUUUGUAAACUACUAAUUAGGACCUUAUUUUUCAAAUUUUGGGAUUCUCUGAUGAUUGCUUCAUGUUGCAGGUAUUUUAGGGUUAAAUCCCUGAUUUUUUUUUUUUUUUUUAUGUAGACAAAACAGUCUCGGUUCUUUGUUAAAAGCCCCCCCAAAAUAAAUGGGCAGUUAGCUUUAUUUCAUGUAAAUAUGUCAAAUGUGCUGCUAGAUCAGUCAAUGUGGUGGCUCCCUUAGUACAACAAUGAGCUUUUUGCGUUGGAAAUUCUUGUGAAUGCUUAAAUUCUUGAAAUCUUCAUCGAUAUGGACGUAAAACAGUCUCGAAUCUUGGUUAAAAGAAAAAAAAAAAAACAUGCAGAUAGCAUUUAUUUUACAUAAAUAUUGCGAACUACGACACCAAUGCCAUAGCAGCUAAUUUCUAUUGAUUUUUUUCAUGUUUCAAAAUGCAUGCAUGGUACGAAAAAUAGUUACCUUGAACAAAUCACUCAUGGGACAAUCCUUCCUGUUUGUAUGUAGUACAGCUUUUGUACUUUUUCAACCAAAAUCCGGCAUUAGAUCGCUGCAUGGGACCGACUGCUAAGAAAUGAAGCGGAGUGUGGGAUGGCCCCCUUUGGAAAGGUGUGACGCAGUGAAUGGGGAAUGUGUCACGUCAAUAUAUUAUGAAGUCUAAUCACUGCCAACCCUACCACAUCCAAUGUAUUAGAUAUCAUCUGUCACCAUCAAUGUAAGUACGGUAUAUGAUUAUUUCUUUCACCACGUGUUGUGCUGUCAUUUAUCACAUCCCCGCUUUGCUGGUAUAGGCACAUCUGGUGGCUGUUCCGCAUUAUUGAUUUAAGAAGCAUUUACCAUAGGGUUG